AUGCCCACCGGCACAACACCAUGCGUCACCUCGCCAAACCCAACGGCAUCUGCUGCGGCAUAUACGGCAUACCUCCCUGCGGCCGACUUUAUGGUGGCGUCGCGGGCGUAUGUGCUCUGCUGCCAUGCGAGCAUGAGUGGACCGACGCCGUCAUCGCCACACGCCUUUGCCCAGGCUGUGCUCGAGACGCGGGAGACACCACAUGCUGCGCUCGGUGAGUGCUCGAGGGUUGUAUCGGCGCGUGUUCUCACCAUCUUUGACGAUCUGAGCCUCGAGUGCAUGGAUGCCACUUUCUCGGCCCUCUCGUGCGUGGAGAUCUGCCUCGAGGCCAUGCCUGGCGAGGCGCUCCGGGCCCGCGGCCUGCUCUACCGACACACGCUGCUGAUCGACGCACUCGUUGCCGAGUUUAACGCGAUAUACGCCACCCCUGCGCGCGGAUCUGCUGACGCCAUGUUCCUCGACGCGCACAAUCCCCCGUACCUGGUCUCCAUCGCCACCGAGCUGCUCGACACGCACGGUGAGGCCAUGCACUCGCCGCACUGGGAAUGGCUGUGGACGCCCGAGUUUGUUCUCGCCAAGCGCGAGCUCGUCGGCAAGUGGUCACAGUUCUACGUCGGUGGCUUUGCCAACUACUCGGACGAGCUGUGGGCGUCGCGGGUGACCGGCAACCUCACCAAUCGGCUCUCGGAGCUGCAGUUCAUCCGGCCCAACUCGGCGCUCAUCUACAUGACCGCCGACGAGUGGGCCAAGCACCACGGGUACAUGGAAGAGCACUUUAUCCGACAGAUUCUACAGAUUCGCGCCAUUCAUCUCAUGCUCUACCUGCUCAAUGCCGAGCUGUCGACGGUCCAGCGGCUGCUGACCUCGAUCGACGUCGGCGACAUCUCUUCGGUCCAGCGCGAAAUCGACCGCGUCCGCAACUUUGACGACGUCAUGUCCUCGCUCACCGCCCAGUUCUACGAGAAGCGACUCAUCAACCGCCGACAGCACUCGCGCAAAGUUCUCAACACCAUGAUACGCCUCCUCGAUCUCGACAAUGCCCAGGCCUUUACCGCUGCACAGAUGGACCGCGUCAAAGCCCGGGUCCGCGAAGCCAACGACAUUGCCAUCCAGGUCCAGCAGGCUCGCCAAAAGGAGUCGCUCAAUCUCAUCAACUACAUUCUCGGCUCCGAGGUCCUCGUCUCGCUCGGCACCGCGCUGCUCGAGUACUUUGGCGGCCUCACUUCGGUUCUUGGUGUGUGGGUCGACGGCGAACCGUCGUUUAGCGAGCGCCUGCUCGCUCUCUUCGCUUUUGGCGCCAUCCUUGGUGCUGCUGCCUAUCUCGGCUCACGCCUCUAUGCCGCCUACCACACCCACACGGUGCGGGUGCUCGUUCCAUCGGCCGCUGGCGUGCUCUUGCCCGCCGCAUAG